AUGGAGACUUCCGGAGACUUCCCUGCUUCCGGCUCCUAUUUCGCUGACAAACUGGACACCUUCCAAGACUACGGGGACUCAAUGAACCAGCUGACUGAAAUGUGUGAUCUUCGCCGGGACCCUUUGACCAAUCCAGGAGUUUCUGCAAGGGUGCGAUUGCCGUCACGCAUUGAUGACAGAAUACAGGAAAUAAACGACACUCGUGGAGACAUGAUGACUAAAGUGUUCAAGUGCACGAACCAGAGAUGUGCAAGUUCCCUGAACUUGGACUCCUCCGACUCCAGUAGCGUGUCCCCCAGCGAGCUCCACAGUGGACCUCGUGAUUCGAUCAGCGCUGAAGCUCCUCCUGGGGGCAGAGAAAAAGUGAAAACCCAAUGUGCUAAGUGCUCCAACCUUUUUCAUUUUAAAAAUAUCACUUCAAAAUUAAUUCCUAGUAGACCUAGACAUCUGAUCUCUGUAAAUGGAUUGUUUGGUCAUGUUCAAGUUCCAAUAAUGACUGUAACUGUGCUUCUCUUGUUUUCAGCUUGUUCAUCAAAUGGGACUGGCUUGGCCGUCGAUCCGCUUGGGGUGGAGCCUGGCGCCGUGCUCGCUAACCAGUGCCUCAGGUGCCUGAGGAUGUUCACCACCAAGAAGAACCUGGACCGCCACCUGUGCCAGCGCACCUUGCCCCGCCCCUUCCAGUGCCCACAAUGCUCGUGGAGUUUCAUGGAGAAGUCCAAGUUGGUGCUGCACAUUCGCACUCACACUGGCGAAAAGCCCUACGAGUGCCCUACGUGCUUCGCCAAGUUCUCCCGCAAAGACAGUAUGGACAGGCACAUUCAGAAGACUCAUAAAUGA